UAGAAAUCGUUGCCAACACUGUCGGUUACAGAAAUGCCUUGCUGUGGGGAUGUCUCGAGAUGGUGAGCUUUACUGGUUCAGCUGUAAAGUUUGGUCGAAUGUCAAAAAAACAGAGGGACAGCUUGUAUGCAGAAGUACAGAAACACCGAAUGCAGCAACAGCAGAGGGAUCACCAGCAGCAACCUGGAGAGGCAGAGCCCUUGACACCUACAUACAAUAUCACUACCAACGGGCUAACGGAACUGCAUGAUGAUCUCAGUAAUUACAUUGAUGGGCAUACCCCUGAAGGUAGCAAAGCAGACUCUGCAGUUAGCAGCUUCUACUUAGACAUACAGCCUUCUCCAGACCAGUCGGGGCUUGAUAUUAAUGGAAUCAAACCAGAACCGAUAUGUGACUACACACCUGCAUCGGGCUUCUUUCCGUAUUGCUCUUUUACAAAUGGAGAGACUUCUCCUACUGUGUCCAUGGCAGAAUUAGAACAUCUUGCACAGAACAUUUCUAAAUCACACAUGGAAACCUGCCAAUAUUUGAGAGAAGAGCUACAACAGAUAACAUGGCAAACAUUUUUACAAGAAGAAAUUGAGAACUACCAGAGCAAGCAGAGGGAAGUAAUGUGGCAGUUAUGUGCAGUGAAAAUAACAGAAGCAAUACAGUACGUUGUGGAGUUUGCCAAGCGCAUUGACGGCUUUAUGGAACUGUGUCAAAAUGAUCAAAUUGUGCUUUUAAAAGCAGGGUCUUUAGAGGUUGUAUUUAUCAGAAUGUGCCGUGCCUUUGACUCCCAGAACAACACAGUAUACUUUGAUGGCAAAUAUGCUAGCCCUGAGGUAUUCAAGUCAUUAGGUUGUGAAGAUUUCAUUAGUUUUGUUUUUGAAUUUGGAAAGAGUUUAUGUUCUAUGCACCUUACUGAAGAUGAGAUCGCAUUAUUUUCAGCAUUUGUUUUAUUGUCUGCAGAUCGAUCAUGGCUUCAGGAAAAGGUAAAAAUAGAAAAGCUCCAACAGAAGAUUCAGUUAGCACUUCAGCAUGUAUUGCAGAAGAACCACCGAGAAGAUGGAAUCUUAACAAAGCUAAUAUGCAAAGUGUCUACUUUAAGAGCACUCUGUGGGCGACAUACAGAGAAGCUUAUGGCAUUUAGAGCAAUAUACCCAGACAUUGUACGACUUCAUUUUCCUCCAUUGUACAAGGAGUUAUUCACUUCAGAAUUUGAGCCAGCAAUGCAAAUGGAUGGGUAAAGGUAUCACAUGAGCCCUUCUAGAAUGUCUGAAGUGCAAACAUUAAAGCAGAAAAAAAAGGAAAAACAAACAAACAAAAGAAAACCGAGACACUUUAUAUGGCCCUGCACAGACUUAGGGAGCCAACAUACUGCACAUCUUCUAGUGACUGGGGUCAGGCAAAAAGGAUGGGAAAAAUGAAACAAGAGUUGAACUUGUUCUCACACAUAUGUUUUCCACGAUGCCUACCAAUACGGACCCUUUUUCUGUCUUGACUUCUCAGUCUUUGACCUCUGUUUACACAGAAUGAGGGUACUAGAAAUCAGGAGGUUUCCUUUCCCUUGUAAACUCACUGCCCACAGACUUUCAUAGAACAAUGUUUUGUUAGUAAAAACAGACACUCGAGUUAGAAACCAGCGACUGGUGUGCAUUGCAGAGGCUUCAGCAUCAGUUUUGCACAACUUGCUCAUUGUUUCAUGAAGGACAAUUUCUUUUCACCCUACCAUUGAUUGCCAGUAGGCGAAAUGGCAUGAAAAGGGUCCAUAGCAAUAGCAACAAUAGCAUAAUAAUCUAUUACAGGGUAAACGGGCAUGAAGUCUAUAUAUAGCAAAAGAGAUAUUGUUUAUAUAUUGUUUUAAUUAAUAUAAAAUGUAGUUACUGGUAUAGCUUUUAUUGUUGAAUUGAUAAGGCACUUUCAUUUUGCACCUUUUUUCUUUUAAAUUAUAUGCUAGCGUGUUCAUUGUUGUGCUGCAUGUGCACCAGAAAUUCAAGUUGGAAGGUAUAGGGACACUGCAAGGUGUUUAUGCUGCUGUUUUCCACGUUUAUUUUUAAAGAGAGGCUGGUCAUAUCAUGAAAUACCUUCAGAUAUUUUGUGUAGUGGGGCAGGGAAGGAGGGAGGAGGGGAAGAGAAGAGUCUAAACUGUCAGUUUUAGCUUGUGUUUUGAAAAGGCAAUUAUAUUGUGUUGGUAAAAAUGUUCAAAUAAAUAAAUAAAUAAAUAAAUAAACCUGAUUGCUGACAUAGGCUGAAAUCCUGUUGCUUAACUCUGUAAAGUGACAACUAGAUUAGGCUUGGUGAAUUAGGGAUUUGGUGGGUCAAUUUGUCUGCAAGUUCCAAAGAUUCAAUGGGCCUACUCUAGUUUUGACUUACUGCACUAAGCAACAGAAUGUUAGCCAUAAGGAGAAGGAAAUCUGUUUAAUCACUUAACAAAUAGGGUUGAUUUUCAGUAUCACCUUUAAAGUCAGCUCAUUUUAGGUGAAUAAAAGUGGAUUUAGUCAACCAAAUCUGAACACCUGUGUUUUAGAAGUUCUGGUCCUGAUACUUUUGUCUACAUUUAGCGUGUGUAUGCGUAUGCACCUGGCCAUGCCAGUAGUCAUAUGUUAAGACAGGAUACAGCACAUCUUGUGCUGUUCUCACUGAAAUGAAGAGAGGUACACAAAGCCUCACAAUACUUCCUGGUAGGCUAGGCCCAGUGACAUAACUCCAGUGCAUAGUUAAAUCGCUUUCAUAUUUGAGAUGGAAUAACUGUUUUAUGGACAGUGGCACAGCUGUUUUCUUUUUUGUAGUAAAGAGUGGUCUUAUGGGUAUCUAGUUACUCCAUAAAGUAAACAAUGUAAUUAAAGCAGAUUUCUACUCUAUAGAACCUGCCCACAUAAACUGCUCCGGCAAACCAACAGCAACCAUCAGUUUUCUACUCUGUUUGAAAUUAUAGUUAUCUGAAGUAACACAGUACUGGAAAAAUCUUAAAAGCUUGACUUCACCUGCAUGGUGCAUUUUCAGCUGAUUACUGUGCCUAAAUUUAUACCCAAAAAGCUAUCAAAAAUAUUAGUUAUGCAAAUAAGGGGUAAUGAAAAUUAUUAA